GGCCCCGCCCCCUCCGCGCUGGCAGUGGCGGCAGUGCCGAGGAGCGGCCGCCAGAGGCAGCAGCCGCCGCGCCACCAGCAGCCGCCGGCGGGGGGCGCAGCGGCGCCCAUGGGGAAGGCGGCCGGAGCAGCAGCAGCAGCCGCGACGUCGUGCAGCGCCGGCCCCCGCGGGCUGGUCUCCCUGCUCAGCGGCGCCGUGCCCUGCCUGGCCUGCCAGCAGCCCCCGCCGCCGCCUCCGCUGCCGCCCCCGGUCGCCAUGAGCCUGGCGGGGGCGCUCCUCGAGGGCCCCGCCGCGCCCCCCGCCGCCCCCUGCGCCGGCUCGGACACCUACAAGGGCUGGCUCUUCAAGUGGACCAACUACCUGAAGGGCUACCAGCGCCGCUGGUUCGUCCUCAGCAACGGGCUGCUCAGCUACUACAGGACUCAAGCUGAAAUGGCUCACACCUGCCGAGGAACCAUCAACCUGUCAACGGCUCACAUUGACACAGAGGACUCCUGUAACAUUGUGCUUUCCAACGGGGGAAGGACAUACCACCUAAAGGCUGCCUCAGAAGUGGAACGGCAGCGGUGGGUCACUGCUCUGGAGCUGGCUAAGGCCAAAGCCAUCCGUAUGAGGAACAACCAGUCAGACGACUCGGGCGAUGAGGAGCCCGCCUCGCAGUCUGACAAGAGUGAACUGCACUGCACUCUGAAAAACCUCUCGAGUAAGCUGGAGGAUCUCAGCACCUGCAACGACCUCAUUGCCAAGCACGGGGCGGCUCUCCAGAGGUCCCUGAGUGAGCUGGAGAACCUGAAGCUGCCUGCCGAGAGCGGGGAGAAGAUCAAGGCCGUCAACGAGCGCGCCACCCUCUUCCGGAUCACUUCCAAUGCUAUGAUCAAUGCCUGCCGGGACUUCCUGGAGUUAGCCGAGACCCACAGCCGGAAGUGGCAGCGAGCCCUCCAGUAUGAGCGGGAGCAGCGGAUCCGCCUCGAGGAGACCAUUGAGCAGCUAGCCAGGCAGCACAACAGCUUGGAGCGGGCCUGCCGGGGAGCGCCCGGCCUCGCCUCGAAUCCCGUCAGCCACGUACCCAAAGCCGGGAACGUGCAGUCCGCAAAAGGGGAAGCCAGUGAUGAAGAUGAGGAGACGGAGUACUUCGAUGCCAUGGAGGACACCCCAGCUUUCAUCACAGUAGCCGCAGAUCCCUCCAAACAUCUCAGGCGCACCGGCAGCAACCUGAGCGGGGCCAGCGAGGGCCGUGCCGAUGACUGGACCCUGGAGGACAGCGUCUUCGAGUGCUCCCCUCAAAGCCACUUCGACCCUUCGUGCAGAGAUGCCACCCUCAAGAAGAGGAGACGCUGCCGCAUCCCGGACAAGCCCAACUACAGCCUUAACCUCUGGAGCAUCAUGAAGAACUGCAUUGGCAAAGAACUGUCCAAGAUCCCGAUGCCCGUCAACUUCAACGAGCCGCUGUCCAUGCUGCAGAGGCUGACGGAGGACCUGGAGUACCACGAGCUGCUGGACAAAGCCGUCAAGUGUGAGAGCUCGGUGGAGCAGAUGUGUUUCGUGGCCGCCUUCUCCGUGUCUUCCUACUCGACGACGGUCCACCGGACGGCCAAGCCGUUCAACCCACUCCUGGGCGAGACCUACGAACUGGACCGCCUGGAGGAGCUGGGCUUCCGUUCGCUCUGUGAGCAGGUCAGCCACCAUCCACCAGCUGCUGCCCAUCACGUCUAUUCCAAACGAGGCUGGACGCUCUGGCAAGAAAUCACCAUCGCGAGCAAGUUUCGGGGCAAAUACCUCUCCAUCAUGCCUCUGGGAGCCAUCCACCUGGAAUUCCACUCCAGCGGUAAUCACUAUGUCUGGAAGAAGGUGACCUCCACCGUCCACAACAUCAUUGUGGGCAAGCUCUGGAUCGACCAGUCUGGUGACAUAGAAAUCAUCAACUAUAAAUCACAAGACAAAUGCCAGCUGAAAUUCACCCCCUACAGCUAUUUCUCCAGAGAUAUCCCCCGAAAGGUGGCGGGCGUCGUCCUGGAUGCUGACGGCAAGGCGCAUUAUGUCCUGUCGGGCACGUGGGAUGAGAAGAUGGAGUGCUCCAAGAUCGUCCACAGCUCUCGCAGCAGCACCAGCUCAGAGGGCAAGCUGCAGAAGACGGUCUACCAGACGCUGGCCCCCAAGGUGCUGUGGAAGAAAUACCCCCUUCCGGAGAACGCUGAAAACAUGUACCACUUCUCCAACCUGGCUCUGACCCUGAAUGAGCAGGAGGAAGGCACGGCCCCCACGGACAGCCGGAUGAGGCCCGACCAGCGGCUCAUGGAGAACGGCAAGUGGGACGACGCCAACGUGGAGAAGCAGAGGCUGGAAGAGAAGCAACGGGCGGUGCGGCGCCGCCGGGAAGCCGAGGCGGUGGAGGCCCUGGAGGAAGGUGAGGGCAAGGACUUCGAAGGCUACAUCCCGCUCUGGUUUGAAAGGAAGCUAGACCCAAUGACAGGGGAGCUGAUUUGUGUUUACAAGGGCGGAUACUGGGAAGCCAAGGAGAAGCAGGACUGGAGCAUGUGCCCCGACAUCUUCUGAGGUGCCCUCUCUCCUCCCCCCUCCCACCGCCCCAUCCUGCCGUGGGACUGAAGAGCCAGCAGUUCCAGCGAUCUGGGCCGCGUCCCAAGACAAACACUUCAGAGAAACACAACAGAGUUUCUAUCAACCCAGGAAUUUUGAGAAAGCGAAACAAGACAAACCAAACAGGGACUCCAAACCUAUUUUUAUGCACUAAUAAAAAGGCAUUUGAUUUUU